GGUCAGUGUUGUUUUGGUGGUUGUUGAGUUCGAAAGCUUUCGAGUGAUACCUCUGCUUGUGGUGCUAGAAAACAUAGAUCUCGAUCGCGCACUGGUUGGUAUCGCCUCCCGGAUAGCGUUGCGCGGAAAUUCGUGUGUUGAUGAUCAAGUGUUUUGUGUUUGCUAGUUGGUUUGGCGACGGUUAUGACACAUAGUUGUAAACAAAGUGCGAAAAUUCACAUGAACGCGGAUGAGUGCACCGAAAAUAGGCAAAAUCUUGGAUGCUAAAUUUGAAGGUUACGUUUGACGAGAUCACCUCGAAGUGUAGAAAAUUUUUGCCAACAGCUGUCACCCUUUGCGUUGCUGGUUGGUAACCACAGUGGAAUCUCCUCCGACACAGUGAAAGGGGGUCAUUAGGAAAUGUUUACCAAAACAGUGCGUACCGUGCAGUGAAUGUGUGGCUCGUAACCAGCUGACGGGUUACUGAAUAUUCAGUAUGGAAGCCGCUCCCGUCUAAACUGCAGUGUUUGUUGUGCUUUGGUGCGGAGGAUAUUUCCGUGAUCGCGGGUAGAGCUGAAAAGAAAUUUCCUUAUUACCGGACGGCUGUGAAACCGGAUUUUCUACGCCACUGUUUGCUAUCGGCGUUAGGAGCAGCGUGCGUUUGCUUCGAAUUACCAAGAGUUCAACCAACUUUCCAAAACCGAAGGCGAUGAAUGCGCCGAGAAAAGGAUUUGGUCGGUGUCUGAGCAACGCACAUAAUCGUUGAUUCGCGAGGCGUUGCGAUUCCGGUGAAUUGAAAAAAAAAAGUGAAGUUAAGUGGUAUUAAAAGGAAAACGGUGUUCUGACAGAUAUCGCUGAAUGCAGACAGAAAUUAAUUUACGCUUGCCGCAAAACUAGUGUCUAACUGUUCUAACAAACCUGUGAAAUAUGACAACAAUAAGCUUCCAAACAAAGCCCCGGGUGUGUACGUAGAUAUUGUAGUGAUCCAGAUCGACCGAGGUAUGAUCGCGUGGCUUUGGUGCGUGUGUUAGUUUACCUUGCCCGAUCCGAACGGGAUUAAUACCAUUGAUGACUGAUCAACUUCGUGAUCGGAAGCUGCUGAGUGGGCACCUGCAAACGGAUAGGGUGCUAGCAGCAACGGAGUGACCUCCCGUGAUGGUGACAACAAUCAAGAUUACCGGCGACGGAGUGUUUAUUCAGUCUAAUUCGUACCUUUCGAACGGGCAACUGCAUCACCGUCAUCACCAUCAUCAUCAUCACAGCCGGCAACAGUCGGCUCCAGUGCCGUUGCAGGUGGCAGGAUCGAAUCUGCUGAGUGUUGGGGAAGCGGAUAGUGAUCGGGGAAGUGUUGGCAGCAGUGGUGACAAAAAGGUUCCUCAGAUGAACCGAUACAAUUUCACCGGGAUCGGAACCGAUCGGGAUGGGAACAAUAAUCGUGACUUUGAUCCUCCCAAGUUGUAUCCCGGUGUGGGGAGCACCAACUUUCAGAAAAUUCGACGCCGUUACCAAUCGGAGGAAGUGUUGCCUCGCUAUCAGAAAAUAGAUGAAAAUUCCGACGGAUCCGAUACGGUCGAUGCCGCGGGUCCUACCUGCUACAACAGCGCUACCGAAUCGGACGAUCAGUUUACGAUUUCCUUUCUCAACACCCGCGGUCAGAAUGGAAAAAGCUUACUGAAUCAAAAGUUUAUCGUCUACAACAGCAAGAAACCGAAGGCUUCAACAAUCCUACAGAAUGGUGUCAUCCAUCCAAGUCAGUAUCGGCAGUUUCUAAACGGUCGACUUAAGCCAGCCUUUUCGACAUCCGUCUUGACCUCACCGUCGUUGAUCGCUACCGCCAACGGCAGUCCCACCGGGCGACUGUCGGCGGCAACUCCACCGCCCGGACUAGGGGCGGCCAAAUCAACGUCCUACCUGCAGCGGACAGUGUCACCGGCACCGUCCAGUUCGGUUUCAUCACUUUCACCUUCCAGUGGGUUCGCAUCGGUUUCACCGACGCCUGGAUUCGGAGCAGGUGGUGCCGACGCCGCCUCUUCAUCAUCGCCAUCAUCAUCAUCAAAUCUUGAUGUCGAUGUAAGAGGUGAGUCGCGUGUUGACCGCCGAGGUUACGGAAACCAUCAACAACAACAACAGCAGCAACAGUCGCAGCAGCAGCAGCCGCAACAACUACCCAACACUUUGUCGCGUCGAAACUCCACCGGAAGCAGUGUGUUGAACGGCGGAAUGAACAGUCAUACGGCCGCCAUCAAUCUGCAAUCAUCCGGACAAACAGCUGUGGUCAGUCAUCAUCGAGGCUUUUCUUCCACCGUGGUAGCAGCAGCCAAUUCGGCCGUCUCGGGCGAUUGUCCAUGGUUCAUGCCGCAUCAGAUACCCCCGACAGCACCGGCGCGGCAGCACAAACGUCCUGCGCCUCAACCCGGUGGAGUUGGUGUUCCCACCGGUGGUGCCGGCGGCAUAGGAUUAAUGCAACCACCGCAGUUUAUUAAUCCUCCGCCCGUUCCGCCGCAGCAAAGUCAACAGCAUUCGCCACAGCAGCACCCGCAGCUGGCGCCACCGCAAUUACCUCCCCACAGUGUUACGAAUAAUCAAAAUCACAAUUCCAUCCAUCAACAUCAACAGCAGCAAGUUGGGCAUCACCAACCAUCUGCACCAUUACACUCUGUUUCAAUGGUUCCGCCGGCCCACCACAUACCAAAAUCUCCCAACCAGCAUAACCUGCUGGGAUCAUCAAACCUGCAGCAACAAAACCAACAACUACACCAGCAGCAGCAGCCAGUUCAGCACAAUGCCAUCAGUAGCCAUCAAUCGAAUCUCAUGUCAGCCUCCAUGAACAGUGCCCAGCUGCAGAAUCAUAUGCUCUCCAAUCAACCAUCGCCGGCAUCCCUUUCGGCUAUACCACCUCAUCCUGUCCAACAGCAGCAGCAGCAGCAGCAGCAGCAACAACAACAACAACAGCAGCAACAACAACAGGUGCCACCUCCUCCACACAGUAUGUCUAAUUCGAUGCACAGCCAAAUUGGACUACCACCACCGCCGUCCGGAGUUGGAGGAUUCGAUAGUAACGGCAUUUCAAACAGUUGGUCCGGUAGUGCGGGACCGGCAUCCCUUUCACCAACUGCUGCCGCUGCUUCGGCCCAGCGUAGGGCCGAAGUUAACGCUAAGCUGAAUGCGAUGCCAUGGUUUCACGGUCGGAUAAAGCGAGAGGAGGCGGAAAAUUUGCUGAAACCCCGCGAGGAUGGGCUGUUUCUGGUGCGGGAGUCAACCAAUUUCCCCGGUGACUACACGUUGUGCGUGUGCUUCAACGAAAAGGUCGAACACUACCGGAUAAAGUAUGCCGAAAACAAGCUGACCAUCGACGAUGACGAGUACUUCGACAAUCUGGGCCAGCUGGUGGAACACUACACCCUGGACUCGGACGGAUUGUGUACCAAGCUGAUGAAGGCAUUGCCGAAGGAGGAGUUCUGUGUUAAGGAUUUCCAGGAUAAUGGUUGGGAGAUUAAAAUGGAAGAUCUGCAGCUGAAGGAAAACAUCGGAAAGGGUGAGUUCGGUGACGUAAUGCUCGGGAUCCUGAAGGGCGAUAAAGUAGCCGUCAAAGUGUUGAAGGAUGCCGGUCGGGCAUCCAAUAAGUUCCUUGCCGAGGCGGGCGUGAUGACAACUCUCGAGCACGAAAAUCUAGUGAAGUUUAUCGGAUUGGUGUUUCACGAUAAAUACAUCUAUUUGGUGACGGAGUACAUGAGCAAAGGAUCGUUGGUAGACUAUCUACGGUCACGGGGCAGGCAGCACAUCACCCGAAAAGAUCAGAUCAAUUUUGCAUUUGACACCUGCGCCGGCAUGGAGUACUUGGAAAACAAAAAGGUUAUUCAUCGGGAUCUGGCCGCCAGAAAUGUUCUGAUUUCGGAGGAAUGCGUUGCUAAAGUGUCCGACUUUGGAUUGGCACGCGAUGAACGAUACACUGCCGAUAUAAGCAAACUGCCCAUCAAGUGGACCGCACCGGAAGCACUUAAGGAGGGGAAAUUCUCCAACAAAACCGACAUGUGGAGCUUUGGAAUAUUGCUGUGGGAAAUCUAUUCCUUCGGACGAGUCCCGUAUCCCAGAAUCCCGUUGGCCGACGUCGUGAAACAUGUUGGCAGUGGCUACAAGAUGGAAGCCCCCGAAGGAUGCCCACCGGAAAUCUACGAAAUGAUGCGCCAAGCGUGGGAUCUGGUACCAGAGAAACGGCCCACAUUUGCCGAGCUGAAGCGACGGUUGGCCGUGUGUAAGCGGGAAACGGCCAGCACCUAUGUGACGUAGAGCGGCCUGCUGCUCCGAAUGUUAAUCCGACUAUCAGUAGUGCGUUAGCGGUAGUCUGUCUGUAGUCUGUAGUCUGAUAAGCACACAAAAAAAACCGGAUGCCAUCAUAUUUUCCACCAUCCUUUUCCGCCAGCUGUGCGGAACGAUCACCGUCGGGGUAUUUGGUUCGGAGGAUGCAUUGGUUUUUUUUUCAUUAUUUCGCAUUUUGAUUCCUUACGGCAGGAAAAUUUUCCUCCGAAAAAGCUUACUUUAGAAGACGAUUCUUUCAUCGAAAGAUUGCUUACGAACAGCCUUUGAGGAAAGGAAGAAUCGUUCGACGCCUCACCGCGUUCGAUAUGAAUUGUAUAGAAAGUUUAAUUUUCCGUUCCUCUGCACUGCAAUUUUGGUACGUCCAUUAUUUUUUGUUUUGUUUUGUAAUUUUUAAAUAUUUCUGUUAUAUUCUAAUCAAAGUGUGUGUAUGUGUGAGGAACAUCAGACUAAAGUAGUGUACAUAGUUACGGAUAUUUUCAACUAAAGUUUUCAACCAGAAGCAAGCGUUUGUCAGCAACAAAUAUGUAAUAAAUUAUUCCAUCUGUGAGAGUAUGAAUCGCGGUUGAUUGAUCAUUGAUUUACUGGAUUGCAAUCUUUGUUUUUUGUUUUAUUCAUCGUGACAGCGUGAUUUUUCUAUUUUGAGUAAACGUAACCGAUAAUAAUUAAGAGUCACGAUCGUCGAUCGAUGCGAUGGAAAGUAAAGAAGUUUCUCGUAAAGCCUGUCCACGUUAUAUUUCGGACAAGAAAAUAAUGGUAGCAAAAAAAAUUACGCAUAAUUCAACAAAACCGAUUGCUUAAUUCAGAAUAAUUGAGUUAUAUGCACACCAGACACAGUUGAUUAGGUUUGUUUACGCCCGUGGUGACGAAUCUUCUUUUGAAAUAAUCGGUACCAGUCGCUUUUUUCUUAGUUUCAAAGAGUUAACUAAAGUCCAGUACUUCUCUUUUUGGCGAUGCUCUGGACAGUUUGAUGAAUUGGUUGAUUUUGGGUACGCAUUUGACUUAUUAUACAUUCCAGAGCGGAUUUCCUAUAAAGACAAGCCGCUAAAUCAAACCAAAAUAGAACUGAAUAGUUGUGGCUUCCGAUAAAGACGAUCCCAGAAAGUAUGGGCGCACUUUGAUUUCGCUGUAAAUAAUUCACAAGUGUUAGAUAUUCAAAUUUUAUUCGAUAUACUGAUAAUAUUAGACUACAACAACAGAAUAUCAUUUCUCAACAUUUGCUACUUAGCCAAUGUAGACUAGCUGGCGCACCUUCUUGCGAACGUUCCCCAUUAAAUUCCGUGCAGACUUCUUGGCGACAAGUUUUGACACUUUUUUCCAAUCUUUUUCGAACUGUUGAAUGGUUUCGGCUGCCGAGACAUGUUUCCUAAAACGUGCCUUCGUUAAUGCCCAAAAUUCCUCAAUUGGUCGAAGUUGUGGGCAAUUUGGUGACAUUUUUGGUAGUAUACCAUUCUACCGUUGAUUUCGAGUAGUGGCAAGAAGCAAGAUCUGGCCAGAAGACAACAGGAUCCUUGUGGCUUCGAAUCAUGGGUAGAAGUCGUUUUUGUAAACAUUCCUUGAUGUAUAUUUCGCUGUUCAUUGAAGCAGUGGUAAUGAAGGGUAUCAAAAUCUUACCGCAGCUACAAAUUGCUUGCCACACCAUAGCUUUCUUACCAAAUAUUUCGACUUCAAUCGAUGUCUCGGACUGAUUUAACACUUGCCCUUCUUGCACCGUAUAAUAUUGUGUACCCGGCAAGGAUUUGUAAUCGAGUUUCACGUAGGUUUCGUCGUCCAUGAUUAUGCAGUCCAAAUUUCCAGCAAGAAUCGUGUUGUACAGCUUUCGAACCCUCGGCCUGAUCGAUGCUUCUUGUUUCGGACUACGUUUUGGUUGUUUCUGCUUCUUAUAGGUUCGAAGAUUCAAACGUUCUUUAGCACGAAGAACAUUUGACUUCGAAGUGCCCACUUUUUUGGCCACAUCUCGGCAGGACCUUUUUUCGACCCGUUUUCGGUUUAUGCUCAAAUGUGUUAUCCUCAUCGAACUUCCUGAUUACAUUUCGCACGGCUUUUUCACUUACUCCUUCCAUUUUUGCUAUCUUUCUCAGUGACAGUCCGCGUUCUGUGCACCAUUUGUACACAAUUUUUCGACGUUGUUCUGCUGAAAGUCCACGCAUUUCGAAACAAACUAAUGAAAACGAAUAAAUAACUGCACAAGUGGUUAGAGAAGAGUGUAAACAACAGGACGCAGCCAUAAAAAUUGACAGAUUCUGAACCAUUGCGAAAUGGCAGCGGUUUUUGGUUGCGUCCAUACUUUCUGGGACAGUCUUUAGAUGGUAGCAAAAACCUUCGCAGAAGUUUUUAUCGUACACAUCCUUAUGAUACGAAACUUUUCAGAUUUUGCACCACAACUUCAUAUGGCCUUCCAAAUCAGAUACUUCUUUGGGAAUUUGAACGUCUUCUUUAUCUGGAAGCGCACGACAACGGCGUUUCUUUGCAUUGCGGUACAAAAAAUCCAGACCCGAAAGUUGUUAAAAGUCUGCGAGCACGUAUGAUUCGUUUUCCAUUAUGGUAGAAAUUUUUUGCAAUGAAAUUUUGCUUGUCAUCACGGUUGGGCAUCUCUUUCACUUUGUACGCCUUCAGUCCUUGUCUCUGCUUCACUUUUUUUGUGCGUAUAAUUUUGAUUUCCCAACUUUGCAUGCCACAUUCCGUCCGGAAAGAUUGGACGUUUUUUCUCAAUAAUGCCUUCUUGUCCAUUUGUAGGGAGCAUACUUUUCUAUUUGUUCCACUUCCAAUCGAUAAUUUCAGAUUUUGCUACCGUUCGUACAAAAUUACUUGAUUUAACAUUUUACUGAGACUGUGAACCAUUUCGCGGUUAAUUUUAGCUUUUGGUUGAAAUUUGACACUUGAGUGGUUAUUUUGUGUCGAGUAGUUAAAUUUAACUAAAACUGCGGCCCAUUUCCAAAUUUGACGAACGGAAAGUUAUUUGGGUUUAUUUUCCACUGAAAUAAUUUCAACUAAAAAAAUAAUGUCAGAAUUUUCGUUGCAAGAUUUUUUUCAGUGUCGGAAAAUAACCAUCGAUCUGUCAAAAAUAACCAUGCUCUCGCUUGACAAAAUCAAACUAACCGCUCGAGUGUCGGAUUUUAACCAAAAGUUAAAAUUAACCGUGAAAUGGUUCACAGCCUGAGUCUAACAAAAAUGUAAACAUGUGAAAAAGUGAAGAGCUGUCAUAUAAGCGAAACGUUUCAGCGAUACUUGAAAUAAUUCAAAAUCUACACUGAUGGAAAAGUGUCCAAAAUUUAACGUGUACAGGCUUUAUUUUACAUUGAUUUAAAAUGAAUGUGUUUAUUUUUCUAGCCCAUUGCAAAUAGUUUUCGUGCUUUAGUUCAUCUUUGGUGAAGGAAAUUAGGACGCGUUGGCAACAGAGGCGGUUACCCCUAGCGCAACCGUUCAGUAAUAAAGUAACAACAUUUAGGAAAUGACAAAAUCUGGCAGUAUUUCAGAGACAAUCGCGAAACAGAUGAUAAAAGACCGGAAACUUGGUAGCUUUUAUGGAAAUGACAGAAAUAUAAAAAAAACAAGAUUUCAUGGAAUGUUUAAGGUUUUUCUGUCACACGCAAAACACAAAGAACCAGUUUUUCGUUUCACGCUGUCCGCGGUCCGUAGGAAUGGGUCUGUCGGUUAAUUCUGAUUAAAAAAUAUUAACUGCCAAAAGAUUGUGAUGUUGUGACCAGCACCAGAGCUUCGAAUCACUCUGCCACUCAAAUCUGAGCUGAGUCGAAACACUGACUAGACUCGAAACCGCGCGCAUUUUUUUUUUCAACAGUGUCACUUAGUAUUUAUUCUGUUGGGCGGCAAAUCAGAUAAGAAACCGUGUGUUACGUAAAAUAAAGUGAAAUAACAAAAACACAAUAAUUAACGAUAUGAUAUUCAUAUUUGUAAUUUAUUAUUACUAUUAUUAUGAUAAUUAUUAAAAAGGAAAAAAAGCGAUAAGCAAACAAAAAAAAAGAAGAAAUAAUCUAAACAAGUCUCAACUGUAAGCAUUAUUAUGGAAAAUAUACUGUAACAAGUUUGCGCAGCUAUCAGCUACGGUGGAAAAGAGACGCAACAAGAAAGCCGGAAGCGGACACAAUGUUUGAUCGUAUGUUUGUAUUGGCAAUAGUUUCGAACAGUCAUUUUGUAUGUGCGUUUGCUAUUCUACUAUAAUAGUAAUCAAAGGGUAAAAGCAAAAUAUCAGUAUAGGAAUUCGUAUAUCAUCGUGAAUUGACUUUGGAUUAGAAGCAAAGAGAUAACACGAUUCUGGGUGUGUCUGGCGCGGAUGUGUUAACUAUUCGUUGGUAGGCGUGUAUGUACAGGUUUGGCGUAAGAAUGAUCGUUUGUUUGAGCGUAUUGUUUUUUAGGUAAAUUUUAAUAUGUUUUAAUGAGAUGAGAAAAAAAAACAGUAAAUUGUUUUAAACCACCAUUUUUUUCCUAUCAAAACUAUUCUAUCAUUAGCAAGGGGAAAGCAUGCAGAGCAAGAAAAAAAAAUGCCUUGCAGAGUGGAUAGGACAGUAGCAAGCUUCUGUACGAAUUUCCUUUCCAGUUGCACACUCGAAACCCUCCAUUUUUGUUAUUUUCUUUUUUUGUUUAGAGAUUAUUAUUGUUUUUAAUAUAUUUAAUUCAAUGAAUGCUGAAGGAAGAUAGGCAGUCAGCAAACGAGCAAGCAAAUUUGUAAAUACAUAUGGAAAACCGGAUCAAAAAGAAUUAAAAUUACUAGCCGAAAAUAAUACUAACAUUUUACUCGACAACAGAAAAACCGUUAGAAAACAGUACUUAACUUUGGCUUUAACGAGACGAGAAAAAAUAGAUAUUAAAAUUACCAAUCAAUCUUUUUCAAAUAGCGCAAUCCCACUUUCUCUCACUCGUUACCAUAUCCAAUAUAUAUUUCGAUUCCUGGUCUGCUUUUAGCCCCACGAGGUAGAGAAGCUAAAGUAAAGAAUAAUUUGCAUUUUUUGCCAUUUCAUACAAUUCAGUGAUGCCAAAAUGAGGAAAUAAGCGGAAAAAUUACACACGACCACGAGUGUAGCUUUAGCCAUUUUAUCAAAUAAAGAUACCCCUCUCAUCAAAUUAUUACCUGCAAAAUAGAAUACCACUAGAAGAUAAAAUAACACAGAGAAAACGGAUUUACAGUGAUAGGAGUCAACCGAUAUUGGUCACAUUUUAAACCCCUGCCCUCAUGCAAACUUCGUUGCUUUCCGUUGGGUUGGAAGUGUGUACAACCCUGAAGGCUCAGCUCUAACAAGUGGGUCUUACCGGGGGGGUUAGCAUGCUUUCAACGUUUUAAGAAAAAUAAAGUAAUUUAUGAAGUACCAGAGAAAAUAUCACCUGACAUGUAUAACGACUAGAGAAACUAUAGACCACAAAUAUCGGAAAUUUAUCAAAAGCUCAUAAUACAACCAGGAAAAUAUCUACUGAACCAAUAUUAGCAGAAAAGAAAAUAGGGCCUCGGCCGGAAGUAUCAUAGUUUGGUUUUGCGCAACACUGCUGAGGGGACGACUUACACACUAACUAACACAGGCAUGAAUGCUGAAAGACGAUGAAUCAAAAACAACCCCGGUGCAGGUACUGAGAUGGAGAUGCCAUAGAAGAAAACGGUAAAUUCCGUCUCCCCUCUCCCCGGAAAACACCGGCAUGGUUGAUAGAUAAAGAAAGUAAAUUUAACACACAUCUAUUACUAAAGAACAUGAUAUAAGGUUAUACGUGGAGAUGAGUUACAUAGAAAAGAAAGCAAAAAUCAACUAUUGAACACAUAAUUAAAAUGAAACAAUACAAAGUGAAAAUAAACAGCUGUAGUGUUUUUAAAAAAGAAA